CGCGCAGAGCUUCUAGCCCCCCACCCCCGCCUCCUUGGGAAGUGCGCGGUGAGGGUAGGGAAAUGUCCAAUUUGACAUGGUGAAAGCAGGUCCAAAGGUGGGGGUGGGGGGGGACGCCGAGCUGGGCGAAAGGGGCAGGGAAGCCCAUUAAGGCAGGAUGACGGAUCGCCCCUUCCUAGAGCUGGUGUGUGGGGCAGGGGGCAGUGGCCACUUCACGGGGACACUCUCUGGAAGGCAGCGACAGCCGGAGAGGCAGCGCUGCUGCUGCUGCUCUGGGGACAGAGGCGAGGAGAUGGGGCGGGAUCUCCCAGGGGCACCUUCUCCUCCCCACUCCCCAGCCAACCAGCCCCAUCACUCCUCUCGCAUGCCUCGCCCACCCCACGAUUACCUCUGGGCUGGGCCCAGCCCGCCCGCCGUAGGUAGAUCCGGAGUGACUUCUCCCCCGUCCAGCUGCAAUCCGAACUCCCUCGGUGCCCCCUACCCACCUAGCUAUGGGGACAGAGACUUCCCCGCUCCUUCUUCUUCUUUUUCCUCCUCUUCCUCGGUGUACCCAGCUUGUUUCCCAGAAGGGCAUCCCUUCGGGGCUCGGCUGGUGGACCCCCAGUACUCAGGUAGCCAAGAGGACAUCCUCUUGGCUCAGCCCGUCAGCUCGAGAGACUCUUGGAGAGCCCAAGGGCAGGGGCGGGGUCCGCCUCGGGAGGUUGGCGGAGAGAUGGAAACUUUUGAAUGGAUGAAAGUUCAGAGGAAUCCGCCCCGAAGAAGAACAGUGAAGUUACAUGGUACCACAGCAGACAGGACAACUCCCCACUCGUCUCCCAGAACCAACUUCACCACCAAGCAACUGACAGAGCUGGAGAAGGAAUUCCACUUCAACAAAUACCUGAGCCGAGCCCGCCGGGUGGAAAUUGCCUCAGCCUUAUUUCUCAAUGAAUCCCAAGUGAAGAUCUGGUUCCAGAACCGCAGGAUGAAGCAGAAGAAAAGAGAGAGAGAAGGCCUACUGUGGGGAACUGCCACUGGCCACAGUGGGCGGGGCUCUGCCUCUUCCGACAAAUCAGAUCUUGCCUCUCCAGCAUCCUCCCCGAGCAGGAGCAAUGAGGACACCCUCACUCCACCUCUUUGACUGGGAAAGAAAAGAAAGAGGCAUUCGUUGAGCCGCUUGGCAUUGUUGUGUAAGUCCCAAAGUCCCCUUCAAGGGAUGUAAGGGAUCUUUGCAGAGAAGGAUAGGGAAGGACAUCAGUGUUCCCCUGUGAUCACAAAUAUGACAAACAGCACAUUGGGCUGUCAGGUGAAAUUCAGUAGGGAUGUGUGCGUAUCAGUCUAUUUUUUACUGGACCAGCCUGGUGAAAAUCCAAAAUAAUUUAUAUACUCUGAUGUUCAGAUGAACGGAAGGGUUCUUUUGCAGCGAGAUGUGCCCACAUGCAGUUACACAAGAAACCCAGGAAAUGCAUUAACAAGGCAUUUUCAGGCAAAGAAGUUCUAGGCAUACAGAAUCACACACUUCCAUCUUUUUUAAUAUAUAUAUCACAUUCUUGUCUCAGGUCAUUACCCUCCACAUUCCUGUUACCUAGCAGUGCAACCCUACUAAUCAGAAUAAGUGGGUACCAUCUGAGUUUGAUGGGACUUAAUCCCAGGUCACUUAUAUGGGACUUACAUCUGAGCAGAUAGGCAUAGGGUUGCACUAGCACACAGAAUGACCUUUUAAGGGAGUGGAUUCUUCAUUCCCAGCUCUGAUUUAGGUACCUAGACGUCCAGUGUCGUCUUGUAUCUUCUGUACAGUUUAGUUUCAUAUCUAAUAGUCUAUGCAGUUUGAUGAU